CGCCUAGUGCCUAGAGGGCCACUUAGGCCGAUUUUUAGAAGACUGCCACCUACCAAAUCUAAAUCAUAGCAUCAACGGUAUUUUCAGGUGUAUGCAUAUUUAAAUGGAACAGUUCAAAACAUGCAGACUUUUAGGCCGAUCGAGCAGAGAAUUGAGCUGCUCACCUGAAAUUAUGCGACGGCUCUCGAGCACAUUCCCUUCCGUCAAGUUCCGGAACCCUAACCCUAACCCCCCAAAAUUAUCAUCACCCUCCUCGCUAUCCCUGUCGAUCAAAUCAGAAGCAUCCUCGAGCUCUCCGUCCAAAUCAAAAUCAAAACCAAAAUCUUGGUCUGUGUAUCUCAUUCUUUCCACCAAUUCCCCAAUCAAAACCUACGUCGGCGUCACCACCGAUUUCUCUCGCCGUUUGAAACAACAUAAUGGCGAGCUCAAAGGUGGUGCAAAAGCAUCUAGUGCUGGAAGACCAUGGAUUUGUGCAUGCCUAAUACAUGGUUUUAAGGGCCAAAGUGAAGCUUGCGAGUUCGAAUCAAAAUGGAAAACUUUAUCAAGGCGUUUGCCUCGGAAAAGAAAGAAACACGACGAGGAGGAGCGAGCAAAUGAUUUGUCACUUCCAUUGCUACAACACAGGCAAGCAGCUCUGGAUAGAGUUAAAGGUAUACUUGAUUGCACCCACUUAGAAAUCGACUGGAAACUGGACCCUUUGUGAUUUAUAAGUCGCGUGGUCUACGUUUCAUAACAAUUUUUCAUUGUAAAUGUAUGAUGUUUAAGUAACAAAAAAUGUUGUAAAACUCAGGAAGAUGAGUCAUAUUUAUAUAGGAUAACAAUUGCUAGUCGAGAAUGGUUGUGUACUUGUAAGAUAACACUGUAUCAUGAGAUUGGUCAGUCCCAUGGAUGGACGAAUGUCUUAAUGUAUGUUCUUUCUCUCAAGGAACGAAAUAAUGAAUGAGAAAGGAAGGGACAUUUGUUUUA